UCUUUUUUUGCGCGCGCUGGAGCUUCCUCACGACAAAUAAACAACAGUAAAUCCCGACUAUCUUCCACGAGAUCGAGUUUCCCGGACAGAAUCAGGCCUAAAUGGAUUAUCGCUAUUAGGUCUACAGGAAAAAGAACCAUCGAGAAAACUGCCUAAGUCACUUCAGGGCGUGAGCUGAAGCCUUGGUUCCUUUUAUUGUUUCUCGUGACGAGCGAGGCAGCAUUCUGGCCCGCCUUUCGAAAGUCCUCUCUCUUUCACCUCCCUCCUUCCACGCGCGCUUCGAUCGAAACGACAAACCACAUUAGCCGCCAUGUCAUCAUUAUUUUCCUCGUUGAAUAGACCGUCUGGUCAGUCCGUCUUUGGGGGCAGCACUGGGAAUCCAUUUGGACAAACUGCGAACACAAAUCAGCAACAAAUCCAACUGCAACAGCAGCAACAACAGCAACAGCAGCAACAACAGCAACAGCAGCAGCAGCAGCAACAACAGCAGCAGCAGCAGCAGCAGCAGCAGCAAACAGCAGCACCCUCGUUCGGACAGUCGCAAAGUAACCACCAGCUAGGAAGUUCGCUAUGGCAACCAGGCAGCCAAACACCUCACCAAAAAUCCGUCCCCGAGCAGAUGCAGCUCAUCGCCGAAAAAUGGCACCCCGGCCACCCCUCGUGCGCGUUCAAGACGUACUUCUACAAUAAGGUCGACGAGUCCCGCAUCCCCUUCUACCAGCCGACGCCGCAGGACGACCCCAAGGAGUGGGAGGAGGCGCUGCAGGCCAAACCGGCGGCCGGGUUCAUGCCGGUGCUGUGCACGGGCUUCGCGGGCAUGGCGGAGCGGCUCAAGGUGCAGCGGCGGGCGGUGGGCGAGUUCAACGCGCGCCUGCAUGAGAUCAACCAGUGCCUAGACCUGAUCCUAGGCCGCCACGACCUGGACAUGAGCGUGCGCUCCGCCAACGCCCGCCGCCGCCACGCCGCCCUCGCGAACCGCGCCCUCGCGCUCGCCGCCAAGGUGCAGGUCCUCCGCAACCGCGGGUACGCCCUCGGCGCCGACGAGGACGAGCUCCGAUCCCGCCUCCAGGACAUGGAGCGCCGCAUGCAGGACCCGGCGCUGAGCGCGCGCAUGGAGGAGCUGUGGAGUCGCCUCGUCGUGCUGAGGGGGUACGCCGAUAGUCUUAGGGUGGAGAUCAACAAGAGGGGUCUGGGGGAGCCGGAUGGGUUGGGCGAGGAUGUUGAGGCCAAGGCGAAGAAGAUUCUGGAGGAUUAUGCGAAGCAGAUCCAGCACCUGAAGAAGGAAGUUGAGCAGAUCCAGAAGGACUUUGCAGAGUGGGACAAGGACCACAGCCCGUCGCCAGCACCCAGGUGAGAAACACUGGGUGAUUAGGGAUUGGUAGCUAGGCGUGGAAAGUGACGCUUUAAGCUGGGUCUUGCAUUGGGGCCGGGUACAAGGGAAUACACCGUAAUGAUUGGGGACAAUCAGCAGCAAUUUGCGCGUUAGGCGUCAUAUGGUCAUGUUGAAUAUAGCCUUUCUCAGGGGAA